CUGAGCCACUGCUGGCUGAGGACUGUGGGAGAGUGUUGGGCCCAGUUAAAGAAGAGUCUGGAAGACGAGGCUGAGGUUCACUUGAAGUUCUCCUCAAAGCUGCAGAGUGAGGUGGAGAAGCCUCUUCUGACAUUCCGGGAGAACUUUAAGAAGGACAUGAAGAGGUACGAACAUCACAUUGCUGACCUCCGGAAGCAGCUAGGUGGCCGCCAUGCAUCGGUGGAGAAGGCCCGUAAGGCUCUGGCUGACAGACAGAAAGAUCUGGAGCUGAAGACUCAGCAGCUGGAAAUCAAACUCAGCAACAAGAUUGAAGAGGACAUCAAGAAAGCCCGCAGGAAAUCCACACAAGCAGGAGACGAUCUGAUGCGCUGUGUGGACCUUUAUAACCAAUCACAGUCCAGAUGGUUUGAGGAGACGGUCACCACCAGUCUGGAGCUGGAACGGCUGGAGGUGGAGCGGGUGGAGAUGAUCCGACACCAUCUGUGUCAGUACACCACCCUCCGACACGAGACAGACAUGUUCAACCAAAGUACGAUGGAGCGGGUGGAUCAGCUGCUACAAAGUGUGGACCCCAUCAGAGACAGAGAGCUGUGGGUGGAGGAGAAUAAGACCGGAGAGAUCAGGCCAGUGAACGUAGAGAUCUGACCCCAGAUGCUCUUCAUACGCACAUUCAGGGACUGGCUCCAUCAUGCCUGAGGACCCUCCUGUGACCCCGAACACAGCGGACUGCUUAGGAUGAACCAAGAUAGGGACACCUGUAACUGUCAUGCAGCAGUGUGUGUGCUUUUACUCUGUGGAGUCAUUCUUUCUUUCCCUUGUGUGUCAACGUACACCUGAACGUUGUUGCCAAAAAAUAAUUUAACAUUAGCUGCUAAGCCAAAUGCAUUCUCAGCUAAGAGUGAUAUUUCUAUGUACCAGAACUAGACAUUACUAUCUUAAAUGACAGAGUUGUUGGCUUGUGUGAGCGAAUACUAAAGCUUAAACUCAGGCACCAUUCCUAACAUGUUUGGGUGUUCUUGAAAAAAGACACAAACAACCAUUAUUGUAGAGUAUUACUUUGUAUGUGUUGAGAAGUCCAAAGCUUCUUUCAUCUUUAAAAUAAGUAUGAAAUAUUACGUUUCAUUUCCACCAGUAUUUUUCUUAAUAAAUGUACUUUAAAUAUACUGUUUAUAUGAACAGUUACCUAAAGAGAACUUUUUUGUUAAACAUUUGAUAAUCCAUCGCAGGAGGGGCCUUUAUGGGGUUUAGAGGGAGACUAGUGUACGUAUAUGGGAUGUGUUUUUGCAAUGAAAGGAGGCAGAAAA